AUGAUUAAAACGAGCCAAUCUUCACUAGCGAUGAUGCGAAGGAGUUGUGUGUCUCGUAGCAAUUUGAGAAGCACGGCGCUUGUGGCCCCUGUAUCCUCAGAUGUGAUUAAGCGCGCAGGUACAGAUCUCCCUGGUAUUCCCCAUCAGUUCCGUGUUUGCCGUUCAUACCGGCAGUGGUUGAAGUUAGCAGUCCUUUGUCCUCCAUCGGCGCUUUGUGAGCUAAAUGAACACGCGCAAAUGAAUGAGCGAUUCGUUAUUAUAAUUCGACAGAAAUUCCGAGAAGGAGCCGAAUUACGUGAUCCAGAGCAAAUUGCGGUAGCUGUACAAAGUUGUGAAAGGAGUUUGGCUAUGUUUCGUUUUCUAGCCGCGGAUGGGGCAAAGCGACGGUUUCCUGAGGCAAAACCACGACUUAAUUUACAUAAGAUGGGAUUCCUCGAGAUGGCGAAGAUAAACUACACACAGAUGGCAAAGGAGUACUGGAACACGUAUGUGAUGCGGCGUUGGUGA